CUGCCCUGGCAGCCGGCCGGUUUCCGCUGCCGGCCCCUCGGCGACAGAGUGGGGUGCCCUGCGCUGCACAGGCCGGGCGGCGAGGGGCUGGUUCUCAGGCCAGAGGGGAAGGGGGUCUGACAUUGGAGAGCGGCAGCCGAGAGGAGGGACCAGCUUCACUCCCACACUUUGCGCCGGGAGAGGAGCGAGCCACACGCCACCGUCCGUCCCCACACGGGGCCAUCACCCGGGGAGCCUCCGCCACCAGCCUGCCCGCAGGACUCCCCCAGCCCGUGCGGAGAGCGGGACACGCAGCGCCCAGCCCGAGCCGCCGACCCGUCUCCGGGCGCCUUCCCCUGCGCUCCCGGGGCCCGUGCGCUCGGAUCUCUGCCAGCCAUGCCCCGGGGCCCCUGCGCCCCUCGCCAGCCUGCGCCCCUCGCCUGGCCCUUUUAAAGCCGGGUCUCGCUUCGCCUCCCUCCAGCCCCCCGUGGCUGGCUGCCCCCCACCCAAAGCCGCCUCUGUCGCGGGUGGCAGCAGAGCGAGCCCCGCGGAAAGGCCGGGGAGCCUCCCACCAGCCGGCGGAGAGGGGGUCCGCCCGGGCGCACGGACAGGGCACGCCCCGAGACCAGCCCCGCCGCAGCGCCGGUCACUUUCAAGGAUUUCUCAGGAUCCUGCCCUAAGACGGGGGAGCCCCCUCGAUUCACCCUCCACCUGCACCCCAACGUCCCCCCUCCUCGCUGGGACGCACCGCGGGCUCCCCACUCGCUGCUCAGGUCCUGCGCUCGCACUGGAAGAUUUCGCCCGUCCCCCUCCCACCUUUCUAGUCCCCCCCUCCGUGAUCGGACCUGCAGGGGGAUGGGCGGGCGAGCCAGUCGGGGACCCCUGCACUGAGUAGCCGCCUCUGCCUUCUCUGCUUGCGGCCAGCUGGUUUGGGGGGGACGCGCCCCUCGGCCCCACUGAAUCUUUAAUAUUUUUUUUGCAACAACAUCAAGGAAAGGACCGUGCUGGAAAAGCCCUUUAAGCCUCCCCUUCUCCCCCCCAGCACCAGCCGCCCACCUCUGACAAAGUUACAGCUCUGUCUAACCACUCAGUCCCAGGAUGGAGCCCUCCUCCUCAGUAUUUAGCUAUUUGUUAUUGCACUUGUUUGUUCUCUCCUUACAAGCUCAGGUAACUGUUCAGUCCCCACCUAAUUUUACACAGCAUGUGAGGGAGCAGAGCCUGGUGACGGAUCAGCUCAGCCGACGGCUCGUCCGCACCUACCAGCUGUACAGCCGGACCAGCGGGAAGCACGUGCAAGUCCUGGACAACAAGAAAAUCAAUGCCAUGGCCGAGGACGGGGAUGCUCAUGCCAAGCUCAUCGUGGAGACGGACACCUUCGGGAGCCGCGUGCGCAUCAAAGGGGCCGAGACCGGGUUCUACAUCUGCAUGAACAAGAAGGGGAAGCUGAUUGGCAAGAGCAACGGCAAAGGCAAAGACUGCGUCUUCACGGAGAUCGUCCUGGAGAACAACUACACGGCGCUGCAGAACGCCAAGUACGAGGGCUGGUACAUGGCCUUCACCCGCAAGGGCCGGCCCCGCAAGGGCUCCAAGACGCGGCAGCACCAGCGCGAGGUGCACUUCAUGAAAAGGCUCCCCAAGGGCCACCAGACCACCGAGCCCCACAGGCGCUUUGAGUUCCUCAAUUACCCGUUCAACCGGAGAAGUAAAAGGACUCGAAACUCCAGCCCUCGGCAGGGCCCCUGACUUGCCCCGCCCCCUGCCUCCCAAGCCCCGCCCCUUUUCCUCUGCGUAGACAUGUGCUGGACUGUGACUAGAGACUUUUUUUAUACGGUUAUUAAAAAAGAGAAAAAAAAGGAGGACAAAAAAACCGACCCGAUCGAGUUGUUUAUAAUUUUGUUUUGUUUUGUUUUUUACAAAAAAAAAAGAAAAGAAAAGAAAGAGGCUCUAUUUUUGUAUUCCAACUUUACAAAAGCAAUGAAAUGUUCAAAGACUCGUGAAUGGGGAAAGCCCCGUCACUUAGACUCGUUCUAGUCGGUUUGGGGUUGUGUUUUAUUUCUGUAGCUCUAGGGGAAAGGGGGCAAAAAAAUCGUUUUCAAACAAACAAACAAACAACAACAACAACAAAACCCCACCCCAAUCCGGGACCAAAGUACUACUUCAAAUAAAGCAAUGGAUGCUUAUUUGAAAAGAAAAAAAGAUGGGAAAUAAAAGAGGUGGGGGAGGGAUUUGAAGACUAGGAACCAGGACUCCUGGGUUCUUUCCCCAGCUCUACUCAGAGGCCUGUUGGGUUUCUGGUGGUAACUGGGUUGCCUACGGCUUUCCACAAUCAAUAUAUCUAUAUCUUUAGCUGGACAAGGGGUGGUUUGAUACUGUUCUGAUCCCACAACACUGCUUCUUUCCCAGCUCCCCAUCUUUCCACAGUAGGCUGGAGUGGAUGGGGGGAUAGAGAUGCCCCCAGGCAAAAUCCUGACUGGAGAUGGCCCCUCUGUUAACAAAAGGAACCUGGGAAUUUUCUAAAGCUGCGAUGGAGGGCAGGGGGCAGUGACUGAACUGGGGAGGGUUGGAUAACGGCGGUUUUGUCCCCAUGAACUAUUGUGACUCUUCACUGAAAACUAAACAUUUUUUUUGGCUAAAACAGAAAUUCCAAAAACCAAAAAAUGUUCAGCAGUUUUUGGCUGAAUUUUUUAAAAAAUGUUCCAUUCUCAGGCCAAAUUUGUCAGGUUCCAGUCCUCCAACACAAAGAUGGAACUGGUUUGAGGAAAGCUGCCAUUUUUAAUGACAAAUUUCAUUUUGUCAAAUGCCCAGUUUUCCUUUGGGGGGAAAAUAUUGAUGGAAAAAUUUCCAGCCAUCCUGGCUCUGAACCAAGCCCCAGGAGGAGGACUCACCUAAGGGUUAAAAGAGAUUGUGACUGGGGAGAAAGAACAGAGACACUCUAUCAAAGCCAGAACCCGGGUGGCUUCUCAGCCGAUCUUUUUGAUUGUUUGUUUUUAUUUCCUUGAGGAUUUUUUGUUGUUGUGUACAAAUUUAAUAUGAAAUGAUUGAAAUAUUUAUUUAAUAUGUGCAUU